UCAUACACGAUUUCAGACUUGUGGGAUUCCUCCGACUUUUCUGACCAUAUUCGCUGCAGAAAACGCUACUUACCUUAAUCGUCACCCUGUCACAUAAGACAAACCUGCUCACCUUUGUCUCGAGCGUGGACGCGGACAUGUCACUUACUGCUGGGCGUUUACACCUGAUGAUGACGCGAGAGGAAUUCCGGACUAAUUUCGGUUGGGCGGCUACGGUACUGCUGUAUCCCUGGGUGAGUGCUACUGUCACAAUUGCCAUUCACGGUCACCAAAAGCAACUCAGCAUAGAAAGUAGACGUAAGUCAUUUCUGCCUCGGAAAAAUACUUCAGUAGACAGCACAGGAUGGGUGAGGCUGUGGUCUUGUCCCAACGGUGCGAGCAAGGUGCAUUCCUCUCGUUGAAUUGCCUAACUGCAUCUCAGCAGGCCACGUGCCAAAUUAUCAAUGUUUCAAACAUUAAUGGCUUACCCUUGCAUCACAUAUCCAGCCAGCGAAAUGAAACAAAUCUGGAAGUUGUACUGCCCACAGGUGGUAAAUACAAUCUCUACAUUGGUCUACUGCUGGCUGUUUCAUCCAGUCUUUUUAUUGGAUCCAGUUUCAUACUGAAAAAGAAAGGCUUGUUACGGCUAGCAAAAAUAGGGUCCACCAGAGCAGGCCAAGGAGGUUAUACAUACCUUAAAGAAUGGCUCUGGUGGUCAGGACUAAUUUCAAUGGGAGUUGGAGAAGCUGCAAAUUUCGCUGCCUAUGCUUUUGCACCCGCUACGUUGGUCACUCCGUUAGGAGCUUUAAGUGUCCUUCUCAGUGCCAUACUGUCAACCUACUUUUUAAAUGAGAGACUAAACAUUCAUGGAAAACUAGGCUGUGUGCUGAGCCUACUUGGAUCAACAGUUAUGGUGAUACAUGCACCAGAGGAAGAGGAGGUCAACUCAUUGCAUGACAUGGAACUCAAACUGAAAGAUCCAGGAUUCAUUGCUUUUGCUAUAGUUACAAUCAUCGCAUCCUUGGUGCUGAUCUGUUUUGUGGCACCAAAGAUUGGUCAGAAAAAUGCAUUGGUCUAUAUUGCUAUAUGUUCUCUAAUUGGAGCAUUUUCUGUAUCCUGUGUAAAAGGCCUCGGAAUUGCUAUCAAGGAGUUACUUGAGAAGAAGCCUGUUUAUAAAACUCCACUAACCUACAUUCUCUUGGUUUCACUGAUACUUUCAGUAACUACUCAGAUCAAUUAUCUAAACAAAGCCUUGGACAUAUUUAACACUUCCAUCGUGACUCCAAUCUACUACGUGUUCUUUACUACCAUUGUGAUAACAUGUUCUGUCAUCCUGUUCAAAGAAUGGAAUGGCAUGUUAGUAGCAGACAUUAUAGGCACCAUUACAGGAUUCUGUACUAUCAUCAUUGGCAUAUUCCUCCUGCAUGCCUUCAAAGACAUGGACUUCUCAUUGGACCAGUUGCCGUACAUUGCAAAGAAAGAAAAACAAGCGCCAUCAAAUCAACAAGGCAUAGAUGACCAUCACACAUUGUUAGCCAACAUGGAGAGCCCGAGUAUAAUAUCUGAAGAUGAAAGAGUAUUUUUCAACACAACAAAUGAGCAGUAACUACAUGUGAUGAAUUUAAGGUUUAGAGAACAUUUUAAAGUGAAAUACAUUCAGUAGCACUUAUCUAGCUACCAGUUUGGUAGUGUCUCCAGGCAGCAGUUAAACAGAAUGACGACUGUCAAUGUUUACAUAAUAUAUUGUACAUAGUAUGGGUUUGCUGGCCUAUAUUUGUAUAAACAUUUAAAAUUGUUCAACUUAAGCUUAUGUACAUGGAUGUACCAGUAAAGUAGUUACUUAAUGUCAUGUGGUUAAUGGUGAGUGAUAGUGAAAAAAAAUAUUAUGGUAACUAAAAGGAUUUGUGCACUUUGCCCUACAAUAUAGGGAAAGUCGAAGUAACUUAAGAUACUGCAAAAAAACUCUCCUAUGCAAAAUUUAAAUAUUCAUUAACAAUUAGGUUUUGUUUAGCUUAAAACACUUACCUUCUUUCUAUCUCUCCCCAGAACACAGUGCUGUCAUUAUAUCAGUGCUGAUGUAGAUUGUGAGGGUAAUGUUCUCAUUACUGAAUGGGUGCCUCACUGACACAUGAGGCAUCAUUUGUAAUAGUGAGAACAUCUGAAAGAAAGAAGCUAGUUUUAUUUAUUAUCAUUUUUAUUAUUUAUUUUAGCUGCAUUUGUUUGCUGUAUUUACUUGUAGCUUAAGCUGCCCAUCUUUUGGGAAUUUAGAAACAAAGUGUCAACUGUUGAGUAAAUUAUUCCAGCAAGAAUAUCCAUUUGCCAAACAGCUGUUAAAAUAGUUACAUGAAAAACUUUUCAGGACUCAUAAUGCAUAAUGUCUAAUAUCUGAAAGAAAAUCUAAUUUAUUUGUACUCUUCAUAAAUAUAUCUCAUUAAAUUCAUUUUCUAUGAUAUUUGUACUAUAGACUGCACUAGAUCUCACUUGAGAAUGUCAUAAUGUUAUGAGUGUGAUUUCUUUAUUUGUGGAUGUUGAUUGA